AUGCCUUUGCUUACCACUGAUAAUGAGCUUCUCCCCUUCAAUUUUUUACCACAUGAAUGCGGGCUGAUACGAAUAUAUCUAUUAUUUCAGGUUUCAAUUGUUGUUUCCUUCUUUACUUUCAGUCGACAGACGCAGUCGCAGUUUACUACAGAAAGAAACUGGAAUCAAUUUCACCAGCUCAGAAAUCCUGUACUUGCAAUGGUAUGAGAACUGGCUAAUUAAUUACUGAUUAACUUGUCUUGAAACUUGAACUAUUCGACUUACACUUAACUUCAGACACCUUUUUUGUACUUUAGUUUCCGAGAAAACUAGACCUUUUUCUUUCUCUUGCAAACUAAGGAUCAUUAAGGUCACUGUUGUUAAAAAAAUUUAGCUACUAUAUAUGUAAAGGAAGGAUUUAUCACAUUUGAAUUGUUUCUUUUGUACAUGCUCUCUAUGACAUUCUCUUCUCUGUUUGGUUCUAUCAUUCAAAACAGUUUUUGGAAAGGAUGACAAAAUGUAAUUUGAAUUUGGGUGCUACCCAAAGGUAGGCUCCCCACUUCAAAAUUUAAGUAUUGCCUGCUCAUAUAUAUGCUGCUGAUAUAUUCUAAGUUCAUCCCCAAGGUUGUCUUCUCUAUCCCAUGUGUUCUCCAAGUGCAAGUCCUUCCUAAAUUAGAGAAAAAUAUAUUUAUGUUGUUUUAAUUUAUCAUGAAUUCUAGUUACAGAUCUUCUAUAGUUAUGCACUUAGUUGUUGAAAAUGUUCAUGCAAGGCCUAAAUUUAUUUUUCAAGUUUAUAUCCCUACUUUUGUCGUAGGUUGGGGAAGUUGGAGAAGUAGCAGAAUUAUUGAAAGUAAAGUAUUACUGAUUUAAAGAUUGUUGUCCUGUUGUACAACAAACAUUGAUAGUUUAAACUAAUCAAGUACCUAGGUGUAAUCAAUUGUCACUUCUUCCUUUUUCAUAUUUAUAACCAGUGGAAAGGUGAAGUAAAGGAAGGACUCCAAGGUGAGUGUAAGAAGUGUCCCUACUUUCUUUUCAUGAACAUCUCCACACUAAAAUAACUGAAAGCAACAAAACGAUAUUCCUUUCUCUUGUUAUAAAUUAUCAGCAUAGAGCCAGAUAGCUGACAAAGAACCAGAGCUUAUUCAUUCUACCUUGCAUGGAACCACUGGGAAUACUGCUACAGACUCCCCUGGAUGGGGUGCUAGUCUAUUGAAAAUAACAUCCUCCCCCUCUUCCUCCCUGCAUUUAUGAGGCUUCUCUGACUGUUCAGCUGUACCUGUUUAGACUCCUUGGUGGAGAGAGGCAUGGGGGGAGUAAGAGCACAACACAAUAUCCUAGCUGGGUCUUGACCUUGGCCCUCUCACACUGGAAUCAAGGAUACUAACUUUAAGAUAGGCCAACACUUCUCUUUAUAAGGAAUAUGGCUUAUUUGUUGGUGCACUUAAAUACAAGAUGGAGAGGUCAGAACAAGAGCACAGGGCCACUCAUUAUGUUGAGUUUUUGGGCAAAACACUCAACUCCUCGAGUGCCUCUGCAGUCCUUGGAGUAGAAGUGAACAAUGACCCCAGAAAAUGAUCAGAGAAACAUAAUGGAAAGUGGGGAAUGACCUGUAAAUGAACUAACAUCAGAAAAAUUCAAAGCUAAGAUUUCAAUAAAAAAUUUAAAGAUUUAGAAUGUAUCUCAUGAGUAGUUCUUGUGUUAAAAACAGGUAGCAAGCAAAUCGAAGAGAAUUAAAGCAAAUGGUCACAACAGUUCAUCCUACUGGGUGGAUUUUGAUCCACAUCUUAGCAAAUUGUUUGUGGUUGCUUUUCUAGAUUGGUCUCCCAAAGAGAAACAUCAUCUUGCCCAAGAACUCAGUGAUGUACUUUUUACCUGGUAAGACUUGCAGAAAAAUUCAAUGUUUAUCUUCCCAAGGAGGUGGUGGCUAAAAUAGCACUGAAUUCCAAGAAAUAUCUUAAAGAUCUGGUGAAGGGAUCAAGCAAAAAGCAUACAGAAUACAAGGAAGUUAAUUCAUUAAAUAACUGAAAGAUUGUUAACCUCCUCGGGAUUAUUUUUACAUGUUACAUAAAUCAAGAGAGUGGGUCACUCUACUUAGGAGACAGUGCUAAAAUGAUACUUGCUUAAAAUUACUUGAAUCUAUGGUAAAAUUUAGAUACAGUUUUUACAAUGAAGUUGAAUUUACUUGUUUCAAUGGUUGUUGUUGUUGCAACAAUCAGAGAGUUCAGUUACUUGAACUCUGAUGUACUUUUAAGGAAAGUUUUGUCCACAAGUAAGGCUGUCUCCUUGAAAGAGUUUUUCACUUUGAAAGUAAGUUAUUUAUUAUUUCAAGAAACUUUUAACAACUAGAGUACUACAAGUACAAGCAUCAGUUGGAAUAUCAAAAUGUUUACAUGACUGUAAAAAUGAUAUAGCACCACUCAUAAAGGCAUGGGGAAGUUUAAUUGAUAAAAUUGUAAGAGAUCUACUAGUUGAAACUCAUUCUCUUAAUGGAUAUGAUUGAUAUAAAUUUGUGAAUAUACUUUUAUAAAUAGCCUCUUAAUUCUUUUGCUUGGGCCAGACCAGGUCAUUCAUGUUUGAAGUUAAUGUUCUAUUUCUUUAUAGAUAGCAAAAUCACGUUGAUUUAUCUUAGCUAGUUUUUUUACAACACAGAGUUUAGGCAAUAUUUGCUGUGGAUGAACACUGAUAUCAAUGUUGUUUUGUUGCAACAAGGGAUGUUUUUAAAUUAACUGG